CAGCCAAGCUGUGCGCUAACCGAGUAGGCGAAUUCACUUCGUCACUUCACAAAAGACUUCCAAAUUCACUGCGGCAGACACUGCAAAAUAAAAUGUUAAGUACAUCCUAGCUGAGGGGGAGAGACGGAGGGCUCCGUGUUCAAUCAAAGGUUUGCAAUAAUAGGAUUUAUUUAAGAAAGGGAAAAAAAGACAGAUGGGAUUAGGAAAUGUUGCUGCGGUGAGACUGUCAUGAGAGGCACGGGCAGCCUGCCUUUUGUGGACCUGCACAAUGAUCCCAGAGCCAGACUGGCUUAGGAGACCCUGGGACUAGGGCUCCAGAGCGAGGCCACGGGCUUCCGGACACCCUGCAGGGCAGGAGGCUGAGACCAUGCAUCAGAUCUACAGCUGCAGUGAUGAGAAUAUUGAAGUUUUCACCACCGUGAUUCCUUCCAAGGUGUCCAGUCCAUCCAGGAGAAGAGUCAAGAGCUCUCAACACCUCUUGGCCAAGAAUGUGGUGAUCGAGUCCGACCUGUACCCGCCACCGAGGCCCCUGGAGCUGCUGCCUCAGCGCUGUGAGCGCAGGGACACAGGUGAUCGCAGGUGGCUGCAGACUGGCCGACUGCAGACCGCCAGGCCACCAGGGGCGCAACCCAACAAAACCCCCGCCAGACCUGUGGGGACUUCUGAACCCAAAGCGUCGAAUCUGUGUGGGACUCGGGCAUAUGGAAAGUCCUUGAUUCCUCCAGUGACCAGGAUCUCAGCGAAAGCUCCAGCUGGGGUGGAGGUGGCAGCCAAGGGCUCUGAACAUGGAGCUGUUCUGGGAAGAGGAUCCAGACACCUCAAGAAGAUAGCAGAAGAGUACCCAGCCCUUCCCCAAGGAGCAGAAGCCUCCCUGCCACUAACAGGCAGUGUUUCCUGUGGAGUCCCUGGCAUCCUGCGAAAAAUGUGGACCAGGCACAAGAAGAAGUCUGAGUAUGUGGGAGCCACCAAUGGCGCCUUUGAAGCCGACUAAAGUCCACCUUUCAUGGCGCCUUGCAUUGGCCAAGGUUCACUGGGAGAGAGAAGAGUUGAGGACUGAGACUGAGCCACCCUCCCCUCUGCUGGUCGCUGGUCCACACACAUCAUCAUUCCUUACACUCUGGCAUGGGACAUGGAAAGUAACAUCCUCAGAAGGCAGGAAAGCCGUUCCUCAGAACUGCUAAAGCCAUUGAUCUUAAAGCCGUAUUAGUCAAUUACAAAAGUUAUGUCCCUACUUUAAGGCAAAACUAUACCAAAAGCAAACUUCCCUGGCCUGUUUGAAAGCCUUCCAAGGAAAACAGAAGGCAGUUGAUCUGUCUUCUUUGUGAGUUUUCCCAAGAUGUAUGGUUUCUGGUGUAAAUGUAAAAGUUUGGUCCUGAGGUACUCAGAACACAACAGUUCUUACUUUUCCCAUUCCAUGUCUGUUUUCCCUUGAUGAAAUACAAAGCGCUUCAUCAUCUGUUCUAAUAUCUACUUUAUCAUUGUCACUCUGCUUUGCUGACCUGGGCAUGACUGCAUGAGCUCUCUUCUUUUAGGUGCGUUCUUUUCUAUAGAAAGGUACUUAAAAUGCCAAUGUUAAAUUUAAUGUCUGAUAUUUUGUGCCGUGGAGCAAUUGGCCAGCUUUUGUGCAGUGACUUCAACCCAGAGAGCAUUCUCCCAUCAUUGUCUCUUCUCACCAUUACAUAACCUCUGAUAAGAAAGCACUGUGGUCCCCAAUUUACAGAUUGAGACACUGGGGCAUCUGGAUGGCGGUAUGUGACUUGACAGCAGCAUGUGGGACUUCUCUAAAAUAACUGAUUUAAGAAAGUUUUUAAAUGGAGAGACGAAUCUGACAACGUUGGAACAAAGAAGUGAUUCAAAUGAAAUGCAUCACUGUGCAUUAGAUAAUUAAGAUGGGUGCAAAGAACAAGGAUCCCAGUACCUCAAGAGGUUUAGUCAGGAGGAUUACAUGUUUGAGACAUGCCUGGGCAGACUAGCAAGAUCCUGUCUCAAAAUAAAACAAAGCACACACAUGCACACACAUGCACACACGCACACACACACACACACACACACACACACACAGAGAGAGAGAGAGAGAGAGAGAGAGAGAGAGAGAGAUCCUGCAUAGAUGAAACCAGAAGAAAUCACCAUCUUUGUAGGUUGAAACAGCUGAAAAUCAAUUUCCUGUGGCUCAAACUAAUAUUUACUAUCAUUUAAAAAUGAUCCUGUAAGAAAUAAUAGUAAUCAGAGCUAUUCUUUGUUUAAUGCUUACCUGCCCUGUGCAGGCACAGUGUUGAACACCUUGCAUGAAUUAAGCUAGUCUAACAACUAACUUAGGUGAAUUUACCCACUGUGUACAUUGAUACUAACUCAAAAAGAUUAAGUGAUCAGAUUGAAGUCACCUAACUCUAGGUGUCCAACUUUGAUGCCCAUAUUAUAUCUUCUCCUUCACACAAAAUACAGAACACGGAAGGCUGGAAAUUAGCAAAGAAUCUUUGUCUGCAGUGGCCCGGGAGAGGCUGCCUGGAUCACAGUGUGGAGAUGAGGCAUCAGCGUGCAGACACUGCAUGCAGAGACUGGCUAGUGGUAUCAGCCUAUGCAGUGCUCGGUAACACAGACUGUAUGUAUUUCUCAUCUGUGGCUUAAAUUCUGCCCCCAGAAGUCUUGUUUCCUAAUUAAGAGGUUUAAAUUAACCCAGUCUUCUUAAUGAAAGCAGAAACUCAGUGGUGAAUUCUACCUUAAGAUUAUGUUGAGAAUUACCAGGUCUCAGCACAAGAAUGAGUUGGAAGUGUUUGGGUCUCAGCCUUGCUUCUGCUGCUCUGUAGAUUCUGCUCUCCUGUUCCUGACACUCUGGGUAAACCGGAACAAUGGCAGAAGGUCAAACCCUGACUUCCACGCUCUUGCUGUUCUGAUUGCAACCCUUCCACCUCCGCUUUAGACCCUGAGCAUCUGAAAGCUCAUGUCCGAAGAGUCUGGACACUUGCUUUGUCCUAGUGAACCAUCCAAUGUCAUAUCCAAUAUUAAGUUGGACUCUAGAACAAAGUUAGGGAUAAAAGAGGUCACAGAGUCUCUAAUGAUUGAACUUAUUUAACUUAAAAUUGAUGUCUUAAAUGUGUGUGUGGUACCUGGAGAUUUAUAUGUAGACCUGGACUCACUUUUUAUCUUUAAUUUAAAUUUAAACAUGGUGAAAUGUUUGCCUUGUGUAGAACAUUUCAUUUGGCCAAUUCAAAUAAAAAUAAAG